UUUUGGUAACCUGGGUCAGAGUCCGGACAAAAUUCACCCCUCAGCUGAACCCAGGACGGCAUCCGGACAAAAAUCACCAAAACGUGUCCGGACAAGUUUGGGCCUCAGCUCACCUGGGUUCCAAAGGGGUUCUCAUGGGUCCUGCAGCCACUGGUUUAAUUACCCGAGACCGAUCUCCGGGUUUGAAAUUACACAGCGCUCAGCAGUUGACUGCCGCGACGUCAACGGGCUUCAUCGAUGCGUACACUUCCGCAAUCUCUUUGGUGUCUCAUACAUGCAACACUUGCCGUUAGUGCACAAGAGUUACUGACUCUCAAUACUUUAUAUUCUCUUUCUUUUUCGAGUCAGUCUAGUGACCCCACCUUUUCACUUCCACAGGCUCAGCAGCUGACGGUAUCCGUCGCCAUUUGCUCGAGUGGAAUUACAUCUCCAGCAUUUCUCGUAACCAACAACACAGCGUCUACCAGCACUACAGAUGUUUUUGAAAUCCCAUUGCAUAACGGAUUCGGGAACUGGACUGGUACCACGCUGCAAGGUGGAUCAUUAGUUGUACAGAAUGUUGCCCAGGCCUCAUUCCAAGUUGCUGCAUCGACAGGAGAUCUUGUGCACGAACUACUUCCCGCACUCCCGCUCCUCGGAGAUACCACCAAUACUCAGACUCUGAUAUUUUCGUCUCCAAUAUCACCUAUCGAACUCUCGCCAUCCACUUAUCCAAAUUAUACUCUUCCUCCUGCUAACCUUUCCAUCCCUUCACCACCAUCAUCGCCUCCCUCAUUCUCUCUUGUCAUUGCGCCCACUUCCUCUGGUCUUGCAUCUGGUCUGCAGACAGCAUGUAGCAUCAAUUCUACAUCCUCUUCAGGCUCGGUACUAAGCAACGAUCUCUGGCUGCGCGACAAUCACGGUUGGAGGUCUCAGUGGCUUGUUGAUGACUUGACACCGAGUACGAACUACACUGCCUAUGUUAUCCAGGACCAGGUAAAAUUGAGCGGACCAAUCUAUUUCACAACCAAAUCUCCAUCAUUCUCCUGUCCCCUCGUACACUCCCUUCCAUUUUGUCCAUCCACAUCAUACGCCGUUCCUCUCCCAACCCCCCAAUCCCCUGCAACGUCCUACAACUCUUCAACUCUCCCACAGACCGUAUCAGACCCCCUUCUUCAGUAUAUGACCAACUUCACAACGAUGCUCCUCACAUUUCCAUGCGGGCGCGACCUAUACUCCCCCUUGCAGACCUGCGAGAGCUGCCAGGAAGCGUAUCGCGCUUGGUUAUGUUCCGUGUCCUUCCCGCGAUGCGCCGAGCCUCCAUCAAGUUCUUCCUCACCAUCGUCUCCAACGCCAGCAUUGACUACACCUCAGAGCGGCAUGAACGCACGCAACCCUUACCUGCCAAAUGUUACAUAUUCGUAUCAGACGGUCUUGCCUUGCCUGGAGGUUUGCAGCGCUGCUGAUCGCGCAUGUCCGAAUUUCUUGGGUAUCAAGUGUCCGGUUCCACGGUUUAAUGCGGCAUCGAGCUACGGUGUCGGUUAUAUUGAUCAAGGGGAACAGGGGGUGCUUGGCGGUGGGAGUACGGGUGCGGCGCAAGAUCGGUGGGGAAAUGUGUGGUGUAAUUCUGGUUGACUUGUGAUUACUGGUGCAGCUGAUCGUGUAUGUUGGCGUAAUAGAGGCGAGCAAUGGACCAACGCCCGACAAACAUGUAUGUGACAAGUCUGACAAGUAGGAAUGAAGAAAGAGAGAAGAAAGCAUUUCAGUCAUGUCAUGAAUUUUCAUUGCGUUAUAUAUUCGGUUGUUGAGUUAUUGGUACUAGUGUACCACACUAUCAGUCUUCCGAAGAAGUUAGCGCUCGGCUCCUCCGAGUCGUGCCAUGAUGGUUUUCCAGGGCGUUCAAUGCUUAGGUUCACUGUCCUACAGGCACAUGCGUCGCGUGGUGGUGUUGGUGGUGGGCUAAGAUAUAGCUAUAACGUUCAUCUUUGAG